AUGACGACCGUAACAAAAAGAAAAUUAAAACAAACAUCAAAAGCAAAAAGCAAUAAUAAGAAAUCCAGAGAAAAGCCUGUUCUUACGGGUUUGAAUGGAGCAUACUGGAAUGAUACUCCUGUUGAUCGUCGCAAAAAUCGACCAGCAUUUAAUCACGAUCAUCUGAAUGAUGAAAAUGACAAUGAUGAAUCCAUGUCAGAAUCCGAUAACACUCUCAUCUAUUCAAAUAAAACAUUUUUAACAUGUCGAAGUCCGACCAAUUCAUUUUUUCUUUGUCAAACUCUUCAAAACGUUUACAGUGAUACAAAACAAAUUCAUAUUCGAUGGUAUUCAUUUGUUGAUGAAAAUCAAAAUGAAAAUAAAGUCGAUGAGAAUACACAUUUCAAAGAAAGUUAUCAUGAUAAAAUUGAGAUCGAAACGAUUCUUACUGGAAUAGAAUCUGUCAUUCAUCAUUCGGAUAAAACAAUUACAUUACAAAAACAAGAUAUUAUCGAAACUAAUCGUUUAUUGCAGAAAUCAAUCAAAGGAGAAUCGAACGUGGUUAAGAGUACUAAAAGCAAAAAGCGAAAAGUGACUAUUAAUAGUGAUGCUGCUUCACCCAUAAGGAAACGACGACGACGAACUGUGGAUGUAGAUGACGUUGAGCAAAACAAAAUUCCUAAGAAAUCGAAAGCGAAAUUAUUCAAAGUACAAAGUAACCGUUUUCUAAAGGAAAAUCAAGCUGUGACAGACUAUCAAGUCGAUCCAUUUUUCGAGUCUAAUAUUCCUGUGCCAUUUAUUUCAUCGAGUGUUCAGAGUAAAUUAGCAAUACGUGCUGUUAUACUAAAUGAUGCAGAACUGUUGAAAAGUUUUAUUGACGAUGUGGCUCGUGUGUACUCGGUACAUAUUAAACGUGAUCUCCCAAAGAGUUUUUCAGCUAUUCAUUAUGCAAUUAGAAAUAAUAAUAUUGAAUUACUUCAAAUGCUAGUAGAGGAUUUGCUACAUCCGAAAAGCGACCGAUGUUCUUUUCCAGAAGUGACUUUGAAAAAACAAACAACAGGAAAUGCAAGUAUUCGUACUCUUGGCUUUCGAACAGCUGAAGUUAUGGCUAGUCGUGGUGCUCGUGAAGGCAAUAAUGCAUUACUGAAAGUAACACCUAUUCAUUGUGCUGCUAUUAAUCCAAAUGCAAAAUAUUUGAAACAACUACUGGCGAUUGUGUCUGAAUUUAAUCUUGCCGAUAAACAAGACCGAAAACCUAUUCAUUAUGCUGCUGCUUGUGAAGGGCCGGAAUCACUAGAAUAUCUGUUAUCAAAAGAUGUCAAAUUCAAUGAUGCUGACAAAGAUGGGGAUACACCAUUACACAUUGCUUGCAGAUAUGGUCGCCAUUCCAAUGCCGAACUACUAUUGCGUAAAGCAAAAGAAAAGGCUGAAUCAAAUGAGGCAGAAGAUAUGGCGGAAUAUCAAAAGUAUGGUCUCGCAUCAAUCAAUCGUAUGAAUACAGCUAAACAAUGUCCUUUACACUUAGCUGUUAUCAAUAACCAUAUAGAAUGUGCUGAAGUUCUUAUUCAAUAUGGUGCAACUAUUGAUGUGUUUACAAGUAUAUCAAAGGAAAAAUUAACACCGCUCAUGUUCGCAUGUCAACAUGGAUUUCUAGAUAUUGUGAAAUACUUAAUUAAACACGGAGCUCGAGUCGAAGCACGCGAUCGUUUCAAACGAACACCGUUAAUUCAUGCUUGUAUGUAUGGACAUGCGCACGUCGUUUCAUAUUUACUUCGUAUUGGUGCGAAUCCAAAUGUCUUCGAUUCAUCGAUGAAUUCCGCUUUGCAUUAUGCGAUUGCUUAUGGCUGGUACUUUUGUGUUCGAUUAUUGAUGGAAGCUGGAGCAAAUAUGAAUUGUGCCAACUGUUGGCAAGUAUCAUGUCUUGGAAUCGGUUUUUCCAAAGGACAUUACGGUAUCUGUGAUUAUCUUUUGAAUGAACAUCGAGCAGAUAUUAAUUUUAAAAACGAUGAAGGUUUAACGGUAGUUAUCCUUACCGUUGAGUUAGAUGUUUCAAAAUACUCUGUUCAACAAUUGGAAUAUGCUGUGGUCAAACACAAUGCUGAUUGUACAUGUGUUGAUGUUAACGGAAACAAUGCUUUUCAUUAUUUAGCAUCAAAGUCACUGCCAGACAGGGACAGUACUGCAUCUGAAAAAUAUUAUUUUCGAAUGGCGCAAAUUUUACUGGAUCAUCACUGUAAUCCUACUCAAAUGAAUAACAAAGCGCAAACACCGUUGAUGCUCGCACUUGAAUCCAAAAAUGUCUUUAUGGUUAAUUUCUUAAUCAAUCAAGCAAAGGUGGAGUUAACUUUGGAUAGGAACAGUGAUGGCAAAACAUUUUUACAUUAUUUUGCUAUGAAUAGUGAUGAUGAAAAACUUGUUGAAAUACUACUGAAUUUACUGGUGACAGAUGAUCUGAAAAAGAUGAGUUUAACAUUGGACAACGCAAGCCGGACACCGCUUCAAUAUUGUACCUUGAGAUAUGAAGAAAUAUUUGGUAGUCAAUUUUAUAGCUUUGCCAAUCGACUUAGCCAAUAUCAAUCAAUAAGCAAAAUGAUUCGAUAUUUCCUUGAUACACUUGAAUGCUAUGAUGAAACAUGCAUUUUUCAUUUAUUAUACGGGGGUCCUCUUAGCAACCAAGCCGAUCAGCAUCCAUUGGAAAUUUUCCUUAAAAAAUCAGAAAACAUCAAUGCUCAUCAUAGUGAAACAGGUGAUACACCUUUAUUACGAACCAUUCAUGCUCAAAGCUACACAAUUUUUCAAAUGCUACUUCAACAACCAUCAUGUGAUGUGAAUGUAGCUAAAAUAUCAAAUACACAGGAUAAUGGACAAACUCCAUUGAUGGCUGCGUGUGAACUUCAGCAUUUUCCCACUAUUCGUGAUCUUUUAAAUCAUCCAAAAUGUGAUCUUCUUGCUUAUGAUGAUCAGCACAAUCAAGCUUUACAUUAUUUUCUAGCUACUACAACUCGCUCUGAUGAAUAUUUAGAAAUUUUUCAUUUAUUUAUCGAAAAAUUGAUCGCUAUCGGUAAACAUACAUUGAAUUCGAAAGGAAAAUCUGGUAGCACACCAUUACAUAUUGCUGUUCUUCAUAAUCAAGGCACCGUCGAUACGGUUAAUAUUAUCGAACAAACUCUAAUCGAUAAUGGUUGUGACCUAUUCAUUAAAGAUGAUCUUGGGAAUAUUCCAUUACAUAAUGUCUUCUUGGGAAAUAAGAACAGUACUGAUCCCGUCGAACUCUGUGUUCUCAUCAUGCAAUCAAUGAAUUAUGAAUCAUUAGAUACGAAAAAUGACAAAGGGAAUACUCCAUUACGUCUUGCUGUUUCGAAAGAAUCUACUGUUUGUGUAACGCUUCUAUUAAAACGAGCUGGAAGCAGUUCUAUUGAGCAGUGGUUUAUUCGAACCAUUAUUACUUCGGGUAAUUUUGUUGAUUGUUUAUGCAAUUAUGAUAAUCGUACUGCAAGAAAUCCCUUGUCAUUCGAAAGCAAUAACACAUUUUUACGAAAAGGAAUUGCACGUACACCUCUAGAAUUAGAAAAUCCAUCAACGAUUAUUCGAACAUCACCAUUGAUUAAUGCAGUAAUUCAUCGUAAUUUUGAAUUGGCGAAAUUCUUACUUCAACUAGGUGCUGAUGUGAAUUUCCCAGAUGAAGAACAACUGACACCAUUGAUGCACGCUAUUCGACAGAAUGACUUGGAUAUGGUGAAGUUAUUGCUCAAUAAAGAUUAUGUACAUGAGGAGUAUAAUCGAUCUUCGAAAACAGUAUCUCAUUUACGGAGACCAAAUGUACAACGGAAACCAAAGCCGAAAGGAUUCUUUCUUGGGGCGACGACGACUUCAGUUGCUGAUGAUGAGGAUGAACAAGAGACAGAAAAAGAGGAUAUAUCUGAUGAUAAGGAACCCAAGGAUGAGUCAAAUAAAUUUAAAGUCACGUCUAAUAUCGAUUUUGGUGCAACGGACGCACUUGGACGCACGUGCAUUCAUCAUUUAGUUCAGCCGUUUGUCGAUGCUUCUUAUGUGAAUUGCAUCGAAAUGCUGGAAUUACUGUAUAGAUCAGGUGUCUCGUUAACUAAACCUGAUCGAAUGGGUCUAUCACCAUUACAAUACACAGCUAAGAAUGCUGGUUUUCGACAUUUAUAUGAAAAACUGAAAGAAUUAACCAAUGAGCAACCGAUGGAUACUGAAGAUUUAACAAAUCAGUGUUUUACUGUUAAUGAUCCAAAUAAGAAUCUGCUUGGUCUUCCAGAUUAUUAUUCAGACGCUCAACAGUAUAUUAACCAAUGCAUUGCUGCUCGUCCUUUAGACAAUACGAAUAGUAUUCAUAAAGUCGAUCCAUUAUCGAAUAUGAGUGAAACAGGAGAUAUUGUCUGGGAUGCAGACAAGAAUGAACCUUAUGAUGUUCGUUUAACCAUCACUGAUGUAGAUUAUGGUUUAAUUGGUUUAUAUAAUUUUUAUCGAAUGCAAAUUAUUAAACAUAAAACGAAAACAAAUCUUUAUCUUUUAUUCACACGUUGGGGACGUAUUGGUGAUGGUGAUGGACAACAUCAAUUAACACCUUACUCAACACUCGAAGAAUGUCGAGCUGAAUUCUGUAAAAUCUUUCGUGAUAAAACUGGUAACGCGUGGGAAAAUACGAAUCAAUUCGAAAAGAAACUUAAAAAAUAUACUUUAAUAAAAUUAAGCGACCGUCAAACACAUAAACACACGGAUGUUCCCAUUCACUUUCAACGAUUAGAGAAUGAGAGCGAACAAAUACCAUCAAAAUUACAAUCAACAGCCUAUAAGAACUUUUUCAAAACAUUUCUCAAUGGUCAAAUUAUUCGAGAAAAUAUCAACAAAGCUAAUUUAGAUGUCGAAUGGAUGCCUGUUUCUCAAUUAAAACCCGAAAGUCUACAAAGAGCACGUGACAUAUUGGCAAAAUUGGCAACAGAUAUUGAACAAAAGGACAAACUUAAAUUAGUUAUUCAACAAACUACCUCCGAUGAUGCUCAAACCUCAUCAGUUGAUUCUAAUGAAAGAACUGAACUCAAACGUUUAAUUGAGUCGAUUUGCCAACUUAAUAAUGAAUAUUACAGUAUCAUACCUUUACAAGGUUAUGGUGCUGAGAGAAUACCGAUGAUCGAUACUUUAGCAGCUGUCAAGAUACAAGAACAAAAGCUUAAUGACAUAUUUGAAUUAGAACUAUCCUAUAAAAUUCUUCUCGCUGCAGAAGCGAAUUUGAAUAAAAUAUCACCAUUAGAUUAUUUAUAUAAAUCGAUUAACUGUCAAUUUGAAGCCAUGAAUCAAGACGAUAUUGAUUCACAAUUCAUUCUACGUUAUAUAUGGACAAGUGCACCUAAUAUUAAAGUCGAACAAAUACUCAAAGUUGCACGAUCGAAUGAUGAUGAACGACUUUUUCAACAGAAUCUGGAUAAUCAUUAUUUAUUGUGGCAUGGUACUAAUAUUUGCAAUUUGACCAGUAUACUUAUACGAGGACUUUUAGUUGCGCCUUUAUGUGCAAAAAGCACUGGAAGUUUAUUUGGGAAGGGAAUCUACACAGCUGACGCCUUUGUGAAAAGUCUGAACUAUUGUUCCGGUGUUCGACAAACCAAUGGUGAAUGUUGUUUUAUGUUGUUAUGCGAAGUAGCAUUAGGCAAGUCUGAAGACGUUACUGAUAUAAGCGGUCAUGGUGGCCAACCAUUAGACCUCGAUAAAUAUCAAAGUCGUAGGGCUCAUGGCCACUCAAUUCCUGAUCCACGGCUCACCAUCACGAGAAAUUUCGGUGCCCAAAUGCCACUAGGCCAGUUGAUUUCUUGUACGGAUCCAAAUCAUACAUAUCAUCGAUGUACUUACAACGAAUACAUCGUCUUUGAUGAAUCGCAAAUCGCACUUCGUUAUAUCGUUCAAUUCCGACGAUAA